AUGGAAGAAACGUUUACGCAAUCGCUUUCCAUCAACUAUAUUCGAGUCAUGGCUUCCCACAUGGGCGAUGAUACCAAAGAAGAAUUUCUCAGAGAUUUUGGUGAACAUUACGGCUAUCCCAACGGUCCCAAGUCCAUUGAUCAAAUUCGGGCUACUGAAUUCAAAAGAUUACAAUUUCAAGAUCUUGUAUACUUGGACCAUGCUGGGGCAACUCUAUACUCUGACCUGCAAAUGGAAUCAGUUUUCAACGAUCUCACUAAUAACGUAUAUGGAAAUCCUCAUAGCCAAAGUGACUCCAGUUCUACAACUUUUGACAUAGUGAAGAAUGCCCGCCAGCAGGUCCUUGAUUACUGCAAUGCAUCUCCUAAAGAAUACAAAUGUAUAUUUACCUCUGGGGCAACAGCAGCGCUGAAGCUGAUUGGAGAGGCUUUUCCAUGGAAUUGUAACAGUAGUUUUAUGUAUACAAUGGAGAAUCAUAAUAGUGUUCUUGGAAUAAGAGAAUAUGCUCUUGGUCACGGUGCAUCGGCCAUUGCAGUAGAUAUUGAGGAAGAUAUACAUCCUGGAACAGGAGAAACACUUACUACAAAGAUGUCACUUCACCAGGUUCAAAGGAGAAAUGUAGCUGGAUCACUAGAAGGAGAGCCAAAAGGUGAUGUGUAUAAUUUGUUUGCCUUUCCCUCAGAGUGCAAUUUCUCUGGGUGGAGAUUUGGUCUAGACUUGGUGAAGAUUAUCAAGGAAGACUCAAGCAAGAUUUUGGGGAUUUCUUCAGUUUGCAAAAAUGGACAAUGGAUGGUCCUAAUUGAUGCUGCAAAGGGAUGUGCUACCAUGCCACUUGAUUUGUCUAAGUAUCCAGCUGAUUUUGUUGCUAUGUCAUUUUACAAGCUUUUUGGAUAUCCAACUGGGCUUGGAGCUCUCAUUGUUCGAAAUGAUGCUGCCGCUUUACUUAAGAAGAAUUAUUUUAGUGGAGGAACGGUUAGUGCAUCCAUUGCUGAUAUUGAUUUCGUUAAAAGAAGGGAAGGCAUCGAGGAACUGUUUGAGGAUGGAACUGUCUCAUUCUUGAGCAUAGUUUCUCUCCGCCAUGGCUUCAAAAUCCUGAAUUCUCUAACGAUAUCAGCAAUAUCAAAGUAUGCAGAGUUUCUUGAUGAUAUGACUGAUUUAACUGGGUGCUUAUG